CAGCGGGUGGCACCUCCGCCAUCAGGCUCAGGGCGCAGACUCCUCUUGUUGUUGUGGUGUGUUUAAGUCUCUGAGUCUCGCCAUACUCCACCUCUAACUCCCCGAGACGAGUCGACUGAUGAUUGAUAUUAACACAGAACACACACACACACAGCAAUAUUAGCUAGGAAGGCAGCAGUGAAACAACAGAUACUGUCACAAUGUCGGAAGAAAUCAGUACUAGUGUGAGGCCAAACCCAUAUAUUUUCGACAUAGAAAAUAGAAGGAAAAGAAAACCACGACUGGCACAUGAUUUAGGAGCUGGAGCCAAGUGUAAUAAAUGUGGAGAUAAAUGUCCAGGAUUUGAACUUCACUUCUGGAGAAAAAUCUGCAUGAACUGUCGAUGUGGGAAAGAUGACCAUGAAGUUGAGGAUGACGAUGAAGACAUUGGACGAAUAGUAAUUGGCAAGCUAUUUGACCGACCACCACGCACGAAGAAAGAGGAACUAGAGUAUUGUCAUGAAAAUCACUUGGAUAUUGUCAAUGAAGAGACAGGGAAGACAGAGAAGCUCAAAUUUGACUGGGUUCCACCUAAUGUUGAGAAGAGUCUUGCUGCCCGUUACAUGGCUCUCCUUCCCCCUGAGAAGAGACCAGUUGCUGGAUCAGAGGCAGCUAAAGAGCGUCGUAGGCAACUGGAACAGCAAAUUCCCCUUUAUGAUAUGGAUGAGGCUCAAAGAUGUGACAAUAUGCCUGCUGAAGAGCUACAGUGUUUCCAUGCUUUCCUUGAACGUAUCAAGACCCAAGUAGCUGGGCAGGGUUUGGUCCAAGAAAUUGCUGGUGCCCCAGCUAAGUCAAUGGCACAGCCUUUAUUGGGUCAGCACCCAAUGAAGAAUGUUUGGCAAGGGUCUGGAAGAGACAGUGAGAAUAAUGAAGAUAUUGGUUAUCGCCCAGAUGCUACCACUGGAGAUAAUUCAGUAUAUGGACUCGCACCUGACAACUAUAUACUUCGAAAUAAAAACUUGCCUUAUGUCGAUGACCAAUAUUAUAGGCAACCUGUUGGACAACCUGAUAAUAAAAGGUCCAGUCUGCGUGAUAAAUUUAUAGGAGAGAUGAUUGGAGAUUUUAGCAGUGUAGCUAACAGUAAGCUGUAUGGAGUUGCUCCUCAGACAUCUAGACCUGUGGGAGGUAUUGGUGCUGACCAACAUUUGGAUAGAGUUGCAACUGGAUUCUCUGACCUGAAUAUUGAUGGUGAUCAGAAGAGAGGGAUUUCAGGACGAGGUGCCACACCUGGCACUGAUAAUAUUCUUAGUCAGCCGUAUUUAGGACAGGGUCAGCUUGGUAAUAGUUCUAGUCAGUUUAAUAACAAUAUACUGGGCAGUAAGGCUUUUACCCCAGGUCAGAAAAGUAAUAAACCUGGUCAACAUGACAAUGUGCCUAGUCAUCACAGUUAUACAAUUGGUGAUGAAGGCCAGGAUACCUGUGUGCCGCAUAAACAAGUCCCCUUAUCGGACGAGUAUAUUAAUAAGGGCCUGCCAGUCGAGAGAGGUUACAUGGCUAACAAAGGAGGAUAUAUAAACACUACAGGUCAACAACCUUACACACCUAGCAAGGAGACCACAAUUCAUGGUUACUAUAUGGGUACGUCGGAACCAGGUAAAUGUGGCCUGAUACCAGGCCAAGAGACUUAUGGGUUAAGCAAACAUGGCCUCUCACCUGGCCAAAAGGGUUAUGUGCCAGGUACACAAGGUCUCCUGCCAGGUCAGGAAGGCUAUGUUGCAGAUAAUGAAGGCCUGUUGCCAGGCCAGGAAGGCUACAUGACAGGUAAACAAGACCUCAGACCAGGACAGAUAGGUUAUGUUCCUGUUAACCAGGAUCAAGGGCUUGGUCAGGAAGGAUAUGUGCCAGCCAGACAAGGUCAGCAGUUUUAUAAUCCCACUAAAGAGACAACUAUUCAUGACUACAAUAUUGGUGUAUCAGAGCCAACACAUCAUCUUUCUGGUCAAGAAGCUGGUGUUCCCUACAUUAUGGGGAAUAUUGGAGGCACUCAGAAUACCAUGGCUAACCAAAGCAGGGUGCCACAGCAGCAGAUGAAUGCCAAAAAUGGGAACAUAACUUCUGUAGAAGCUGUGCAGGCUCCUUAUGGGGCUCGUUUGGACACAAUGACAGGUGGGAUGUCAUUAGCACCCGGGACUGAUGUGACUGUGCUCUUUCCUGGCGAGAGCCAAGUUAUUGGUUCUCGCAUGAAGAGCAGUAAUGUGCCUCAGAAAAGCAAGCUCACCUGUCAAUAUUGCAGUCUUCCCAUGAAUGUUGGUGAUGUGGCUAUUUUCUGUGAAAGAGCAGGGAUAGACAAGUGCUGGCACCCAGCCUGCUUCUGCUGCUACACAUGUAAAGAGCUGCUGGCAGACCUUAUUUAUUUCUACAAAGAUGGCAAAGUGUUUUGUGGACGGCAUUUUACAGAUGCUGCAGACAUGCCUAGAUGUAAAUCUUGUGACGAGCUCAUCUUUGGAAAUUCUUGGACUCGAGCAGAUGGUUUUGAUUGGCAUAUUCAACAUUUCUGCUGCAAUGUGUGUGAUACUCCCAUGGCAGGACAGCGAUAUGUGCCAGACAAAGAUGGAUACCCAUACUGCCUUCCAUGCUACAUGGCUUGUUUAGCUAAGAUGUGCGAAACGUGUGAGGAGAAAAUACCACCAGAAGAGAAUCGUUGUGGCCAUCGAGGAUACUUUUAUCACGCAAACCCGCAUUGCUUCCGAUGUUAUUCUUGCAAAGACCCCCUUCUAGGGAAGCGAUUCAAGAUGUCUAAAAAUUGGCUCUUCUGCUCUAAUGAAUGCAUAAAGGCAGCAACAGAGGAUCUAGCUACCAAUCCUAAUCCUAAAGAAAAGCCACAAUGAGGAACAAUUAUAUUUUAAGACUACCUGUAGUCUUAUGUCUCCAUAAUAUUUUUACACUAUUUCUGACCUUUCUCUGCUAUUUUUUAAUGUACAGGAAUGUGUGUGUGUUUGAAGUCAAGUUUAAUGAAACAAAAUGUGAUUCAUUGGUGUUGAAAGUAAACUCUUAGAUGCUGCUGUUAAGAGGACAUUCUUUCCUCCCUCUAUCUUCCAGGAGGAAAUUUCUUACUCAAAAUUCAUACCUUAUAGCAACCUUUGGAGAGAGAGAGAGAGAGUGGUAGCUAUUAUGAGUAGCAAAUUGCACUCACUACAGUGCAGACAAUGAGUCACAUUAACAUGGCUGAAGAUAAUGAUAUUCAAACCACACACGAGAAAAUGAAGAAACAGUAGUUCAGUCUGUCCUGGACAAUGGUCCAGGAUAGACUGAAAUGUCACUGGGUUCUUAAUUUUUUUAUGUGGGGUUUGGAUAUACUUCACUACAGUACUGUAUUAUCCAGUGCGACCAAUUCCUGUGGCCAUAACAGACAUCAGAACCUUUUCUUUGCUAGGUGUGUAUUGGAGACAUGAUUAACUCGUGGUUAAUGAAACAAACCUACAUAUUACUGUUGGAACUGCAUUGUCCCAAUACCAGUUGUGCACCUUCCCAUAUAAUGUCCUAAUUUUCAGGAAUGUAAAUUUUGCUCUCCCAUUUCCAUUGAGUCAAGGACCAAAACGUCAUCGUCUCUUUACUUUCUAGUGUGUGGUUUGGUCAACAUUUUCAGCCACGUUAUUGUGACUUCAUCUAUAUUUUGGUAUUAUUCAUCUUGUCUUUCACCUCUUUUUAUCGACAUCCUGAAUAAUAUUCAGGAACCUUUUAAUAUUCUGUAAUACAGAUGGUGCUAUAUGGAUGUCUGGACUUGACUUUUUUAAUAAGUACUUACAGUUCCCAGUGACAUUGGAUAUGACCCAGCAAUUUCUGCCACCAAUGAAUCGCCACCUUAUGCUCUCUCCUUUAUGUAAUGAGACCUCUUCAAUCUUCAAAAAGCAUUGUCAGAUAAGCAAGGCAACUCUUUCAUUUAAGGUAAAUAGAACAAAAGUUAGUUGGUUUCUUAAAAAGGUCUGGGAAUGUAUCCCCGAUCUAUAGUAUUCAGUGUAUUGGAAAUCUGGUUUUGAGUCACAUUUGGCUAACUUGCAAAAAAAUUCUGGAAUACAUCCUGUUUUCUGGUUGGGGAACUCUGUACAUCAAUACGUUACUAUGAAAAUUAGACUAUGGAUGCCUAGUUUGCUCAGCAUCAACCAAAAUGCAUAUGAAGAUAAAUAUUAUCUACAAAAUGGCACUGAUUGAGCUUGGCAACUUCAAAGCUGCACCAAAUAGCAGACUGUAGAGAGACCAGUAACCUGAAGUUCAGUAACAAGAAAAGGGUCAAGGCUCAUAUUGCUCACAUUUUAACAAAAAUUCAGACAUACAGUACUUAAAGAUAUAACCUUUCAUAAUCCCACUUUUACAAUUGUGGAAAAAUCUUGUCUGUAAAAAAAAAAAAAAGUUAUCUGAAAGAGUUUAGAAUUUAUUACAACAAAAAGCAAUAUACAGAAUUUGUGCGCAUGUUCUGGUAUUAAUGUACAUAAUUAAAAUUAUCGAAAGUGGUAGGAUUUGCGAAUGUCUGUGGAGAAGAUGCCUGCAAGAUGAUGGAAGUACAAUUCACAAAAGAACUACUUACUGUACAUGCUAUUUCUUUUUGUGCUGAAAAUCUUCAACAUAUUCAGUAAGAAUCAUUAUAUUUGCAGACUCGGUUAAUACACCAAUUGGUAUAGAGAAGUCUAUGCAUCCCAUAAUAGAGUAUAUUAGUAGAAAAAUGUCUUUGUUUUGAGAGAUAAAUUGUUAGCUUCUACGAGUUCAAUUGUUAGCUUCUACCAGUAACAAAUUGCAUAUCAUCAAAUGUGACCUAUCCCAGUGAUCCCCCCCCCACCCUCCCAUCACCAAAAUAGGCAAUGGGAAACAUUUUUGGCUUGGUUUUAUAUUGGCUACAACCGGUGGCCACUUAACCCCUCAAGUGCACAAGUAAUUAAUAUGAAAACCUUGGUGUGUGCAAGACAAAAAUUCUGAAAUUAAAUUUGUUCUUCUAUUACUGAUGCUAUUCCGGAUAAAAUGAAAUUAAAAUUUCUAAGUAACUUACUUUGUGAUAAAAUUUCACUAUAUCAUUAAUUUAGGAGAGUUCAUGAAGGAGGCACCCAGCCGGGGUUGCAUAAGGCUGACUUGUAGCAAAUUCAUUUUUGUUUAUUCUCAAUGUCACUGAGGAGAGGAAGACCGGAAAGAUUGGCGGACAGAAACCGUAUUAUGUGUGAUAUGGUUUAUGUAACCGUAUCACACAUAAUUUAUGUGUGAUACGGUUACACAUAAUUUAUGUAACAGAAGGUUUUUUAAGGAGGGAGCAAAUGUGUGUACUGUAUGACAAUUCAUGAGAAGAACUGUACAUCUGGUCUUGAGAAGUGGAGAAUUUCUGCUAUGAAUAAUUGCUUGUGUAUUGGUGCUCAUUUUAUCUGAUGCCAUAUAGCUUAUGUGAAUAUUAGAAUAAAUAUGAGAUAUUUUUUUAAGUAUAGUAUGAACAUAUAUGUGUUAAAAUAAAUAUCUAUCUCUC